AGAAGAGACCAAUAGGAAAACAAGAGAUGUGGCCUUGUGCUCUGAUGGCCAAUGACUAUCUGAGUGAGCUUUGGCGGGUAUUUCAGGUUGGCGGGAAUUAGCUUUAGAAUAUCAGCGAUCGCGGUUCAGUUACCGGUGGGUCUCGUGCGGGUAGUGAACGGCUUUUGGUGUUUGUGUGAGCUACUUUGUGUGGCCGCCAUCAUCCUCAUGUUGUGUCGCUCCCUCAUUCGCCGUUCCCAAGCCGGACCGCAAGGCCUGCUGCCAGAGUUUCCCCUAUACCACGUCUUAAAUCGUUAUGAGUGUGCUAUAUCAGAUGACCAUCCUUCCUAUGGAGAAAUGGAAAUGCCAGUUCCUCCUUUUGGCUGUGCCUUUUCAACUGCUCCAGAGCUGCAACACAUACUUGCUGUUGCAAAUGAAGAGGGAUUUGUUAGGCUAUAUAAUACUGAAACACGAGCAAGUGACAAGCAGAUUUUUAGAGAAUGGCAAGCUCACUCUAAUGCUGUUUUUGAUCUGACCUGGGUGCCCAGUGAACAAAGAAUUGUUACUGUUUCAGGAGAUCAAACGGCUAAAGUGUGGGAUGUAAGGACUGCUGAGCUGUUAGGAGUGUGCCGAGGACAUCAAUGCAGCCUCAAGUCAGUUGCUUUUUCCAAAUUUGAGAGAGCUGUGUUCUGUACUGGAGGAAGAGAUGGAAACAUCAUGGUUUGGGACACUCGAUGCAAUAAGAAAGAUGGGUUUUACAGACAAGUGAAGCAAAUAAGUGGAGCCCACAACAUAACGGACAAGCACAUGCAAUCCAAACUGAAGAAGAAAAAACAGUCUGGAAGAAGACUGGCUCCUGCAGUGGAUUUCCAGCAGAGUGUGACAGUGGUGAUACUUCAAGAUGAACACACCUUAAUUUCUGCAGGAGCAGUUGAUGGGGUAAUUAAGGUAUGGGACCUGCGCAAGAGCUAUACCACAUAUCGACAGGAUCCAGUGCCAUCUAGGUCUUUCAGCUAUCCUGGGACCAGCACUCGUAAACUUGGUUAUUCUAGUCUUGUUCUGGACUCCACUGGUACCAGCCUCUUUGCUAACUGCACUGAUGACAUUAUAUAUAUGUUCAAUAUGUCAAGUCUGAAGGACUCUCCAGUAUCGACUUUCAAUGGACAUCAGAAUUCCAGUUUCUAUGUCAAAUCAGGCAUCAGCCCAGGUGACCAGUUCUUGAUCAGUGGCUCAAGUGACCAGAGUGCCUGUAUCUGGAAGGUGUCGGAGCCUCAGCUUCCUCCCAUAAUGCUUCAUGGUCACAUGGAAGAAGUCACUUCAGUUGCUUGGUGUCCUUCUGACUUUUCCAAGAUUGCCACAUGCUCCGAUGACAACACCAUAAGGAUUUGGCGCUUAAGACGAGGAAAGGAAGAUGAGUUAUCAAACAAAAGCAAUGUGGUGUCCUCAGCCUGUCGGAGGAAAGUGGGAGAACAGAAUGAAAUAGAAACUCUAAGCAGCCAGCAGAGCACUCCUGCUAAAGUUACUACAAUGAGCAGCCCCCAUAUUUCUUCACCACAGCCUGCAGCUUGUGCUCCAGCUUACAUGGGAGAUCUUCCUCUUCCCACAAACACACCCUCAUCAUCUUCUGUCACCCCAUCAGCCACUCUGGCCUAUACACCAGCAAGGCAGACGGAAGCCACUUCUGGUGCUUCACCCAAAUCAGCAUCUUCCUCAAUUAUGUCCAUCAGGCAGUGGGUUACCAAGACUCCAAAUUCAUCUCCUGUCUUGAGGGGAGAAAAGACACUUUCUCCACGAAAAGCCCUGGCAGAGAUUUCUCAAAUUCUCCCUGCAGUCCCUUUCACUCCUAAAUCCAUAUAUUUGCAGCCUGAAACACGAGCCAAGAGGAGACUGGAAUCCAGCAAGGACAUUAAUGCAAAACGGAAGUACCCCAAAAGUUGUAGUUGUGUGACAGACCUUGAUGAAGUGCCUAAAAAAUCCAGGCUAGAACACUACAUUCCGACAGUGAAUUCAAAACCCUGUGGUGGAAAAUGUCUGACUCUUAAUGGACUAGCAAAGACUAUUCAAAGCCGGAAGGAGCCUUCCUCUCAACAUCCAGCAGACUUAACUAAUUUCCUAGUUCCUCUCAAGGUCUCUUGUGGUAGAAUGGCUGACAAAGAAAAUGGUUUGGCUGACAAAAACUGGCUGUCUGCUUUGGGGGUCAGGCUGCGAACUAACAGAUCCGAAAACCAGAAUGCAUCAGGCAACAAUGUUCAGUCAUCACAGAGUUCUAGCACAAGACAACAGGAACCUGGGGCAGGAAUUGGUUCACCAGCAUCAGUUUCAAUCACUUCUGUGCCCAUGCGAAAGAUAUGCACAUACUUCCAGCAAAAGUCACAAAAAGAUUAAGCAGUGUUCUGCAUUUGCUGCAACAUUUUGAUGUACUUUAUGCUACUGAGAGUCAAUUGUGUCACCCAUAGAAAGACAGACCAGCGUUCUCAGCCUUUAAAGUUUUAUUUCUGCUCUUCCCCUCCCCCCCAUUAUUUUCAGUUCUUUUAAAUUCUGUUACCCAUUUAUCACAUUAAAUUAGGUAAGACAUUGGCUAAUGGAAAGGGUUGCUCAGUUAAAUGUAGAAAAACUGAUUGGUUUUAAAGUGAAUGUUGUAGUUUUUAUUUUUCUCAUAGUGUUUGUAUUCUUUGAAAACAGCCAUUAAGAUCUGGGGAUGUAAUACUGAUUGUUAUUAAGUUGAUUGAUAUUAACCUGUGCACCACCUUGAGCCCUUUGGGGGAGGGCAGUCUACAAAUGUCAUAAAUAAUUCUUGUACUUACACAUGUGUAUUACCAUGACUGUACUCUUUCUGUGGUGAAAUGGGUGAAUUAAUCCCCUAGAUUAUUCUGAGCCAGUUGCCACUGAAAGAAGUGCCUCUAUAUGGAGCAACACUGUUUACCAAUGCAAAAAUUGACACUGUAAAUGAGAACUUGUUAUCUGUAACAUCAGGCUUCUAAAAAUUGCUGUGAUUCCCUCCCCACUUUCUAAUAGACUAGAAUAACGGCACAGGACUAGACUGUAACAAUUAUUUUUAGCCCAGUGCAUUUUUUGCUUCCAUAUUGAUUGAACAAUCUAAACUGUAUCAAUAUAUUCCUUAAUAUGGUCUCAGCUGUGGAUACUUGUUUGUGGAUUGAGGCCAUAUACAGAGAAGUGUGAUACUUCUACAAAUCUGGGGGGACAGACAUGUUUGUAGAAAAAUCCCAAACCUUUCCAAAAGGGAGAGUUAUGAAAAAAAAAAACCAAAUGAACAUUACCUUUGCAAGAACAGACAAUUUAUGUCCCAACCACUGCUGCAAGUGUGUGAUGGGAAAGGAGUCAUGGCUUGCUCCAUUGAGGGGCGGAGGGGGUGCUACAGGAGUCACCACAGUGCUGAAGAUGGUAGGGAGGAUGAGGAAGUGAGCACUCUGGGAGCCAGUGCUGCCACUCCCAUUACCAAGGUAGUGAAGUUGCAGGCAGGUGUGGGAGGAGGAGGAGGAAUUGGGAACUUCUGCUACCCACACCCCAGUGACAGAGGCAGUCAGCCUAGGGAGGAGAAGUGGAUGGGAGAUGACAAGGGACUAGAGGCACCAUUGGUAGUGGGGAAGCAGCAAAUGAGAACAGCAGGGUGCUUCUACAACCAGGAAUUCCCCUUCUCCUUUAGCUCCUUGCAGCCUCUUGCUUUUCUCAUAAAAUUGUGGUAGUUGAAUAAUUUUUCCCUCUUUGAAAUAUUCAAGCAGUUGUUUAUAUACUGUAUGUUGCAAAUGGGCUACUGACAUAGCUUUGUGAUCCUUUAUCUUUUGCCUUUAAGUGAAUUUUCAGGCUUCAGUCUGUUUUCACUAAACAGUUUAAAGAUAAUCUCAUGGCACCUUUAAGUCUAAUGAAUGAUUUGUGACACAAGCUUCCAGAGACAAUUCAUGCAUGAAGUGCUCAUAUAAAUGAUCAAGUAUAUAUACCUGACUAUAGAAGGGAAGAAAAAUGUGUGCUGUGUGAAGUGUGGCCAAAUGAUCAAGCCAUGCAAGCGAUCAGUAAGUCUGGCCAUCAGAAUUUGAUCUGAACAAAUCUUGGGAAUUGCUAUUGUGGUACAGAAAUUAAUUUAAGUAUGUGUUUAUACUGUUAAUUUGCCGAAGCCUAGUCAUCCUAGUUACAACCAAUCGGGUCAAGCCCUUGCACGCUAUACUUGUAUCCCUUUAAAGUGACUCUGUAUUCAUUUGUACUGUGUGUAGCGCUGAGGCACCUGCUGUAGACUUGCAUUGCUUAAUGUUUUCAGCCUCACUUUAUAUUUCCUCCUCUCACUAUGCUUUUUAUAUCUAUCUCAUUAGGUAGCAACUUCAUGCAUCUAAUGAGAUGGCUUUAGCUCACAAAAACUUAAUGCUGCAGAGGAAAUUUGUUAGCCUGUUUCAGCAAAGAGAAGUAUAUUCUGUGGCACCUUAAAUGCCAACACCUGUCCCUCUGAAGUUUCUCUGUUUAGGAUAGCUCUUAAAUUUUGCUGUUGAGUGCAUUUCUGGUUUUACAGUCACAACAAUACUUGCUUGAAAGGCAGUCCCGCUUAUUUACACUACUGGGUGAGUUCAUGCCCUACUUUUCUCAAGCAAAGUAAUAGUGGAGUGCUUUGAGCUUGGUUGAUGAGGGGAAAGCUUAACACAAAUACCACUUCCUUAACCAUUGUUACAUGGGAGAUAGUGCUCAGUUUUGAAAAUAAGAUUUAUCUUUGUCUCUGAAAUUAAAAUUUUAAAAGAUGGUGAGUGGAAUAUGAAAUUCACAUUUUCCUCAAUGUCUCAGCACUGGAGUCUGGUUUCAUUUUAGUCCUUGGUUAAGGGAGUGAGAGUCCUGGCUAGUAUAAAAAGAUAUUUUUCCAUUUGGUUGUUCAGGUUGUGGUAUGGAAAUCUGCAAUUUCAAUUUUAAUUGUUUAAUACAUUUUAGCAUUAUUUUUGUGACAUGAUAAGCUGUUUACAGGUGUUAGCAACCAGAUGUUUGCUUAUGUAAACACAUGGUCUUGAUCCUGCUGAAGCUAAUUGUGGCUAAAUUGCAAUGAAAAAUAAAUUGAAUGCAAUUUGA